GGUGCAACCGUUCGCCGAUUGGAAGAGGAAGUCGCAGAUGCUAAGGCUACUGUGGCGACACUUGAGGGCGAUUUGGAGAGGACGCAGUCUCGUUUGAACACUGUAGAGGAACAAUACAACGCGGCCCAACUCGAGAACAACAAGCUACGUGCCGAAAUCGACACCCUCAACCGACAGAUUGAUGUGCUGAAGAACACGAACGCAUCGCAAGUGAGCGAAAUCGAGCGUCUCAAGAAGAAGGUCACCCAGCUUACCGAUAUCAACAAGCAACAGACGGAUGAGAUCGAUAAACUCCGAACUGAGCGCGAUCAAUUGGAUAAGGCAUACCGCGAGAAGGCCAAACAAGUCGAGCAAUUAACCGAUCAUGUGAAGACAUUGGAAAGCCGUAUCGACCGUAUGCNGUCUGAUAAGGUGAUCACCCUUCAAACCGAACGCGAUUCACUCAAGAACGAGGUCAACAAACUGCAGCAGGAGUUGCAAUUCACCAAGGAUCAACUCCAACGCAAGACCGACGAGUUCCACACGGCACUGAACGACUUGGCGAAUGCGCAUCGUACGGCCGAGGAAGGACGUGUGAAUGCCUUACAGGAUCUGGAGAGCAAAAAGUUCGAAAUCAGCGACUUGCAGGUAUCUAAAUCAGUAUCUCUUGAAGCUUUUGAAAUGAUUGGGAUUGGGAAGGUCACCACUGACAAUGAGCUGGAUCCUCGCUAA